AUGCCGGCCAACGAAGAAGAAGGAAAACUUGCCACAUCUGCAACAAAAAUUAGCUCCAUCGAUGCAGUCAACUACAUCUGGCGCUGGUGGCGCUACCUCGGCAUGCACCCACCUAAGCGCUAUCGUUGGCUCUACUUAGCCCUUUCCUUCCUGGUCAAUUUCUUUACGGGUGUUAUCUUUCCAUCGGUGUAUCUGGCAUCGUUCGUCAUGCCAAUCGGCGUCGACGAUAAACUCGCCAAUCUCAGCGUCGUACUGCCGUUAUUCUACACUGCCGGCAAGCAGAUCAUCAUGUUCUAUUACAUACAAACGGAUUUACCAAAGGCCGCACAACAUUUACACGCACUGGAUAGACAAGUGGAGCAACGGUCCGAAGAUAUCGCUUACCUGAGACGUAUCAUGCGCUACUGUGUGUGGAGCUUUUUGACGGUUUUUAUAGGCUUCUGGACAUCUCUGAUGGUCUACGGUCUGCUUAGCAUCAUGCGUCACAGACUACCCUUCGAGGGCUGGAUGCCUUUCGACUGGCAGCACUCACUGUCUUUAUAUUUUCUCGCAGGCGUCAUUGAACUAUUCGCGGUGGGUGUGUUACUGACGAACGCCAUCUGCUGCGAUACCUACACUGUGGCAUAUCUGGCUUUGUUGGUGGCGCAUUUGCGUAUCUUAAAUUCACGCAUCGCACACUUGGGCAGCUGUCUGGAACAAAGUGAGGCGCAUCAUUACCAGCAACUGGUGGCGUGUGUGGAAGGACAUCGAGAAUGUAUGAGGUAG